UCACUCUUGGCCCAUGCACAGUAUCUGAAUUUAUUAUCCAGUCAGUCCAUCUGCUUAUCACUGUGCUCCAUAGUGGUUGACCACCAUGGCUCUUAACAUCCCCGGUGUGAUUGCAGUGGCGCUGUUCUAAGUCCUGAUUUUGGGGACAGGGGUGUGGGCUGCCAAAAAGUCCAAGAAGGCUGCGAGGAAAAGCCAUGGAGGCAAGACUGAAGUGGUGCUGCUUGGAGACAGAAAUAUCAACUUGCUGGUCGGGAUUUGCACCAUGACCGCAACGUGGGUCGGAGGUGGUUUUAUCCUGGGUAUUGCUGAGGCGGUGUACUCUCCUAAAAUGGGCUUAAUAUGGGCUCUUAUGCCUGUGUAUUACGCAGUGUCUUUCAUAAUAGGUGGUCUUUUCUUUGCCAAGCCAAUGAGGGAUAAGGAGUAUGUCACCAUGAUGGACCCAUUCCAGAUAAAGUAUGGCAAAAUACUGAGUGGUGCUCUAGUGCUGCCUUCUCUGCUGGUGGAUGUGCUGUGGGUGUCCUGCACUCUGCUAAGCUUAGGAUCAACUAUGAGUGUGAUUCUGGACUUGCCCUAUGCCUAUUCUGUUUGGAUCUCAUCAGCUGUGGCCAUUAUCUACACAUUGCUAGGAGGCCUCUAUUCGGUGGCGUACACUGAUGUUAUCCAGCUCUGUUUAGUUUUCCUCAGUUUGUGGUUGUGUAUCCCAUUCCUGCUGCUCAACCCCACAUCUACAAACAUUGCCCAGACUGCAUUCAAUCACACGUUCCAAGAACCCUGGGUCAGCAAUCUGGAGCAAGACAAAAUCUGGAAGUGGAUUGAUGACUUCUUAAUGAUUGGUAUUGGUAGUAUUUCAUUUCAGAGCUUCCACCAGAGGACGCUGUCUGCCAACUCAUCUCGAACUGCCCAGAUUACCUGCUAUGCUGCUGCUGUUGUCAUCAUCAUACUUGGAAUCCCCCCUGCCUUAGUUGGUGCUGUCGCCGCCUCUACAGACUGGAACCUGACGCUGUAUGGUUCUCCAUCUCCAUAUGUACGUGGUGAGCAAAGUUUGGUCCUGCCCCUGACCCUACAGAACCUAACUCCAUCCUAUAUUUCAAUCAUUGGAAUCGGAGCUGUGGCCGCUGCUGUCAUGUCAUCUGCAGACUCUGGCCUGUUGUCUGCAACUUCUGUUUUCUCUUCAAAUAUCUACAAGAACAUUCUGCGCAAACAGGCAUCAGACAAUGAAAUUCAAUGGGUAAUACGGGUCACAGUGGUGGUGGUGGGUGUGGUUGGGACAUCCAUGACGUUCUACACCAACAGCCCCCUGGUCCUCUGGAUUCUCGGAGCAGAUACCGCCUACACCCUCAUAUUCCCCCAUCUGGUUUCUGUGCUCUUCUUUAAAGUGACGAAUGGUUACGGUGCCACGGUGGGUUACAUCGUAGGGCUGACUGUAAGGGUUUUGCUGGGGGAGAAUUCUGUAGGUCUUCCUGUUGUUCUUCAUCUUCCUGGUUGCACACUGGAAGAUGGCAUCUACAUCCAAAAGUCUCCUAUCAGGACAAUCUCCAUGUUGUGCACUUUGGUAACCAUCUUAGUUUUUUCUUCGCUGGCUUUGUUCAUAUUCAAUCAUGACCUGUUGCCUGAGAGGUGGGAUAUUUUUCACAUAAAGCACAAUGUUACUAUAUCACCUGCGGAUCCUGUCACACAGAAUCUAAACGAAGAAGCAGGAAGUGAUACUGAGUGUGAUGAGAACACAUAUGGAGUUGCCUUGCAGCCAGUUUUGCCAACUGGAUCGUAACCAGUUUCCUUUUUUUUUACUUUCUGGCCUGAGUUUUAUAAUAAUCUUGUGUAAACAUUUAGAAAAAUUCCAAGUUGAAGUUGCCUGUAUUUUAAGCUGUUAACUGUUGUGAGCAUUUACUUUCUUUGUUAGUAUUUGUUUGUGGAACCAAGUUACACGAAAGAGAAAUCAUUUCAAAAACAGUGGAUUACUCAAAAUAAAGAAUGAUCCUAUUUGCAAUAGUUAAUAAGUGGAAGCUUAUCUCACCUUUCUUAAUGUCUUCUGCUCUCUCCUCUCCUGCUCCACAGGGCUUUUGCAUAAUACUGCAACAGCAAUUAAAUAGCAAAUGGGAAUAAAUCAGAAAAGAAGCUGUACUAACGUAUCUAAUGUACAUCUGGUUCAAAUAAAGGCCUGGUGCCCUCUGCAGUUGAAGGAAAUAAACUGCAAA